CAUUUAAUAGGAAGCAGAAGUACACACCCGUACAAGUACUGAAGUACAACUAGCUAGCUAAUAUAGCUGUGUACGCCAAAAGGCAACAGGAGACGUACAGUUGCUCACUUAGUAAGCUAAUACUCAUCCCGGAACGGGUAAAGCCGCAACUAAGCCAAGUCCAAAGAUCGAGCAAUGGCGUCGUCGUCCUCGCAAACACUAGCCUUACUCUCGUUCCUCGCCCUCCUUCCCUUCCUCGCCUACGCGCAGACGGAGGCGGACGUGUGCGCGGACCCGGCGGCGGCGGACGGCGCGUGCCACAACGUGCCCAAGGCGCUGCGGCUGAAGCUGAUCGCCAUCCCGACCAUCCUCAUCUCGAGCAUCAUCGGCGUGUGCCUCCCGCUCUUCGCCCGGUCGGUCCCGGCGCUGCAGCCCGACCGCGCCGCCUUCUCCGUCGUCAAGGCCUUCGCGUCGGGGGUCAUCCUGGCCACCGGGUACAUGCACGUGCUCCCGGACUCCUUCAACAACCUCAGCUCGCCAUGCCUCCCCAAGAAGCCAUGGGGGGACUUCCCCUUCACCGCCUUCGUCGCCAUGCUCGCGGCGCUCUUCACGCUCAUGGUCGACUCCCUCAUGCUCACCUUCUACAACCGGAAGAAGAAGGGCGGCGGCCAAGUGCCCAGCACCGCUGUGGUCGCCGACCACGAGAGCCCUGAUGAGCAGGGUGGAGGACACUGGCACGGUCAUGGGCACGGCCAUGGACACGGCCACGGCAUGGCGGUAGCCAAGCCCGACGACGCCGAGGCCGCACAGAUGCAGCUGCGCCGGAACCGCGUCGUCGUUCAGGUUCUGGAGAUGGGCAUCGUGGUGCACUCGGUGGUGAUCGGGCUGGGCAUGGGCGCGUCGCAGAGCGUGUGCACCAUCCGUCCCCUGGUGGCGGCGAUGUGCUUCCACCAGAUGUUCGAAGGCAUGGGCCUGGGCGGCUGCAUCCUCCAGGCCGAGUACGGCACCAAGAUGAAGGCCGGCCUGGUCUUCUUCUUCUCCACCACCACGCCCUUCGGGAUCGCGCUGGGCCUCGCGCUCACCAAGGUCUACAAGGACAACAGCCCAACGGCCCUCAUCGUCGUGGGCCUGCUCAACGCCGCCUCCGCAGGCCUGCUACACUACAUGGCGCUCGUCGAGCUCCUCGCCGCCGACUUCAUGGGACCCAAGCUGCAGGGGAGCGUCAGGCUCCAGCUCCUCUGCUUCCUCGCCGUCCUCCUCGGCGCCGGCGGCAUGUCCGUCAUGGCCAAGUGGGCGUGACCGACCACGUAUGGGGCAAAUAUGCACGAGUCCCCGUGUGCACGCAGCUCGCUCCUUGUACGCACCCUGUACCUGUGUAUCUUUACGUUGCACGUGUACGUGUAUGCAUUCUCCUC